AUGAAGCGCUUUAGCCAGAAAGUCCUCUCUCGAGGCAAGGACUCCACAAAGUCGUCCAAAAAGAAUAAGGACAACAAGGAUGGCACCGCCUCUCCUUCGGCGCGAGAUGCAUCUACCCAGUCACCUACGCUGACUCCUACCUCCUCGACGACAGCCGUCAAUGACAUUCGCAACAAGCCUUUGCCGCCCAAUUCCACAGACAGCCUGGGCCAGGGUGCAGGCAGCGACAGGUUCGGGGCCAUGGGCGCCAACUCGAGCCCAAAUGGCAACUCCAGAAUGCCUCCCACGGUCGUCAUCAGCCCAACUCCCGGCCAUGUCCCGCCCCCCGGCGCCGCCGAAACGAUGCCGCACGACCUCGCGCCUCCCAAGCCUGGCCAAAAGUCGCUCAUGAUUCAUCGCGGAAUAGAUAAUCGCGAUGCCAUUCCUGAGGGCCUUCGCACCCCCAAGAGGCAGCACUCUUCGCGAUUCGAUAUCUCCACCAAUAGAGAUCUCGAAAAGCUGCCUGGGUUCCACGAAGUUCCUCCAAACAGGCGUCAGGAGCUCUUCAUGCAAAAGAUUGAUCAGUGCAACGUCAUCUUCGACUUCAACGAUGCCAGUGGCGACAUGAAGGCAAAGGAAAUUAAGCGACUGGCUUUGCACGAGCUGCUUGACUACGUCGCUAACAACCGACAAGUCAUCACCGAGCCCAUGUACCCCAAAGUGGUCGACAUGUUUAGCAAAAAUCUUUUCCGACCCAUUCCGCCCCCAAUGAACCCCCAGGGCGAGCCGUUCGACCCGGAAGAGGACGAGCCUGUGCUUGAGGUUGCCUGGCCCCAUAUUCAAGUCGUCUACGAGUUCUUCUUGCGCUUCAUCGAGAGCCAGGAUUUCAACACAAAUAUUGCCAAGGCCUACAUCGACCACAGCUUUGUUCUCCAACUGCUCGACCUCUUCGACUCGGAGGACCCUCGUGAACGUGAUUUUCUCAAGACUACUCUCCAUAGAAUCUAUGGAAAAUUCCUGAACCUGCGAUCAUUUAUUCGCCGAUCCAUCAACAAUGUCUUUUUCCAAUUCACCUACGAAACGGAGAGAUUCAAUGGUAUCGCCGAGCUCUUGGAGAUUCUGGGAUCCAUCAUCAAUGGCUUUGCGCUACCUCUGAAGGAGGAACACAAGAUCUUUUUGACUCGUGUUCUCCUUCCCCUGCACAAACCCAGGAGUCUGAGCAUGUACCACCCUCAGCUCGCAUAUUGCAUUGUGCAAUUCCUAGAAAAGGACGCGUCCCUGACAGAAGAUGUUGUCCUGGGACUUCUCCGCUACUGGCCGAAAGUAAACAGCACAAAGGAAGUCAUGUUCCUAAACGAAGUCGAGGACAUCUUCGAGGUCAUGGAUCCUGCCGAGUUUGCCAAGGUGCAAGAACCACUUUUCCACCAGCUAGCCAAGUCAGUGGCCAGUCCGCAUUUCCAGGUCGCCGAGCGCGCGCUUUACUUCUGGAACAACGAAUACUUCUGCAACCUGGUUAGCGACAAUGUUGAAAUCAUUCUGCCCAUCAUGUUUGCGCCACUCUAUGAGAACUCCAAGGGCCAUUGGAACAGAACAAUUCAUGGCAUGGUUUACAACGCCAUGAAACUCUUCAUGGAGAUUAACCCGCAGCUUUUUGACGACUGCUCUCACGAGUACACCGAGCACCAAAACAGUGCUGCCGAGCGCGAAGCUCGGCGUGAGCGCAAAUGGGCGGCCCUUGGAGAGCAGGCCGAACUUCGUCGUAACUCCAUGUCCUCGGACAUGGUCGAGCCCCCGCAAAGAACACAAGUCAAUGCGAUGCCUCGCGUCGACGAGGCAGACAUAGGCACAGAUGACAGUCAGAAACGAUUGGACUCGCUACGACUACAGGACCAGUCUGGACGCCGACCCAGUGUUCACGAACGUCAAGGGUCAACCGGCUCAACGCGCAGUCGGUGA